AUGUUAGCUUGGUGGGAGUUUUUUUUUGAUGGAUGUUGUUGUGGAUCUUUGGCACUGCUCUAUGCCAAAAUUCGGAUUGGGCAGAUCGAGUCAGGGAGUCGGAAAGAGCCAAUAUCUGAAGUUUCCCAGUUGCACAGCACACUGCGCGAGUUAAAUGAGGAGAAAGAACGCGCUACCGCAAUGAAGCAGAGCAACGUGGCUCGAUUCGGUGCAUCGAUCCCACUGAUUCUGAAAAUUAUUGAGCAAAAUGCUGGUAAAUUUACUCGAAAACCAAUAGGACCAAUAGGUGCCUACAUUGAACUAAAAGACAAUUCGUGGGCUGUAGCUAUCGAGCAAUGUUUGCGUAAUUUACUUCCGGCAUUCCUGUGUGAUAAUAUGCAAGACAGAAAUAUUCUGGCAAAUCUUCUGCGCAAGAGCAACAUCCUCUCAUUCACAUGCAUUGUUGCGAAAUUUACGGAUCGCCGUUAUGCAACUGCUUCAAACGAGCCACUGCAGAAAUAUAUAACUGUGGCUCGGCAAGUAGUUAUCAGUGAUGAUAACGUAUUUAAUGCUUUGGUUGAUCAGGGCCAAAUUGAAUCUGUUCUGUUGAUUGAAAGUGACGAAUUGGCGCGUACAAUGAUGUCCAGAAGCGUAAUAUUUUUUGUUUCGUUUUGUAUUUUUUUUUAA